AUGUCUGGCAUGUAUGACACAACAGGCACGGCCGACGUGCUUCUGGCAAUACUCUCUGCGUCUCACAGCACGGGCGAUUUGUACUCGAUGGUGCGCUCUUCUAGAGCAGUCUACGACGCAUUUCGAUCUGCAAAGCGGACUGUCUUGAUCAGCAUUGUGGCUAGGGACCUGGGUUGGUCUGGUCUACGGACCGCAACCGCCGCGACUUUGAUAACCCCUGCGACAUUUCCAAAUGGCUCCAGGCACGAAGGAGAUGAAAAUCCCGCCAUCAAACUUUACGAGUCAGUCGUCCACGAGGAUCGUGGGCUAUCGUUCGCAAGGGGCCUGUCAGAGGUCGAGUUGGCGAAGCUCGUGAGAAUAAACCGUGGUGUGCAGUUCGUCGUGGAUCAAUACGCCGCGGCUAGACUUCCAAGGCUGCGGGAGAUACACGCUGAUGCUGCACGGGAGCUGAGCUUCCGAGAACGACAGCGGCUUGCGCACUCCUUCCUCCGACAUCAAGUUCUCGCAUCUAUGCAGUCACUCGGAGUAAUGACACAGGGGACAGUAGCUUACGAACAGCUAUUCGACCUCUUUCGGCCUUGGGAGAUUCAGCAAAUCACUGAUGCCCAUAGCUUCCUGCGUGCCAUGACGUUGUUUGUGUUCCCUUCUUGUGAGCGAAUCCCGCGAAGCUUGUGGGGAGUCCACUUGACAGGGCGAGAGUGGUGGAGAGACUCGGACGAGCACGAGGCGAUGGAUGAUCUCGUUGUGAUGCAUGUGAGGUUCCUUGAGAAAUUUGGGCACAAGACCAUGGCAGAUUUAGAGAUGGAACUGGACAUAUCCAAAAGGGAGCGGGAAGCAAGGCGCAAUAUGAUGCCUGCGAGUUACAACUUCCUCGCCGCCAGAUCACUGCCGCAGGCAAGCUCUAGUCAAUGGGCCGAGCAGUAUUGGAGCCUCCGGGGCGAGAUCUACCAUCGAGAGGAUGCUCUGCCUGGCUUGUUUGCAGUCGAAAACGAUGACGAUGGCAACCAAUCGGCUCCAUUUGCAUGGAUUGAUGGGCAUCGUGGAAUUGAUUGUCAGCGAUGGGGGGAAGAUCUAUUCCGAGUAACACUACCUCCAGGACAGGGAAAUCUGACCGAUCUUCAGAUAAACUGGACUCGACUGAUUGUUCGCCAGUGGCGGUGGUUGGGUUUCAUGUUCUGGGACAGGGAGCGGGCAGAGUUACUCAAAUCGAAGCUACCGGAGUAUGCGACCGGUUGGCUUACGAGGCCUCCGCCAUGUGACGAUGAUUUAUCACUUGAGGGUCUUUGA